AUGGCAGAAACCUCCAAAGCUAGGGUAGAGACUAUAACUCGACACCUGACUAGGGACAGCUCGAGUUUCCUGGCAGAUUCGGUACCAAAGUUCAAGCUCGAAGACCAUCCCGUGGAUGCGAUUCGGCCUUUAAGAGUCGCGGUCAUAGGCGCUGGAAUUUCCGGCAUUACUGCUGGCGUUCUCUUCCCUGCAAAAGUGCCGGGAAUCAACUUGACGAUAUUUGAGAAGAACAGCGACGUCGGUGGAACAUGGUUCGAAAAUAUAUACCCCGGCGUUCGAUGCGAUGUCCCCGCGAAUGUAUAUCAGAGCACUUACUCUCCGAACACGCAAUGGACAGAGGAAUUUGCUCAAGGCUCCGAGAUCCGAGUGUAUUGGCAGAGGUUGGCGUCCAAACACAACGUAUACCAGUAUAUCAAAUUCGAAAGGAAAGUAACGCACGCACAGUGGGAUCCAGUAGAGGCGAAAUGGGUCAUUCAAGUUCAUGAUCUAAAAAGCCAAAACAGUACAACAGAGACAUUCGACAUCUUGAUUACAGCAAUCGGACGUUUUAAUGCAUGGAAGCUGCCAGAGUAUGCCGGCAUAGAGGAAUACCAGGGACAUUUGCGACACUCUUCCAAUUGGGAUCCCAACUUCGACGUCACAGGAAAAAGAGUUGCUGUAAUUGGCAAUGGCGCGAGUGGUAUUCAGAUAGUUCCAGAAUUGCAAAAGGUUGCCCAACACCUAGACCACUACGCUCGGUCAAAAACCUGGAUUGCAGGAUCUCUAGGUGGUCGUGACCGGUUAGCCUCACCAAUGCAUUUCAGCCCAGAGCAGCAGAAAGACUUCCAAGAUCCAGAAAAGUACCUUGCGUAUCGAAAGGGCCUCGAAAAUACAUAUUGGACGAGAUUCGCCGGGCUGCUAAAGAACUCAAAAGAGAACCUUGCUUCUCGAGAGGAUUUUCGAGAGUUGAUGGCUAAGCGGCUCAGCGAUAAGCCUGAACUUCUUGACGCGAUUGUUCCUGACUUUUCGCCAAAUUGCCGGCGUCUGACGCCAGGACCCGGGUAUCUAGAAGCUCUGAGCGAGGAGAAUGUCAGUUUUAUUCAAAGCCCCAUUAAGAGAUUUACCAAAGUCGGCAUUGAAACCGAGGAUGGUGUGCACCGUCCUGUCGAUGCGGUAAUCUGCUCCACUGGUGCUAAUGUCGAUUACGCUUUCCCGUUCCCACUGGUAGCUAGUGACAUCGAUUUGGCACAAGCGUGGAAGCCAGAUGGUGAAUUCGGGUUUCCAUACUCGUAUCUUGGAUUUGCUACGCCUGGAUUCCCGAACCUAUUUUUCAUCCAUGGGCCUAAUGCGGCUGGGCAUUCAGGGACUUUUCCGCACGGCGCCGAGAAUCAAGUGACCUACAUUGCGCGUCUUUUGAGGAAGAUCAGUGGCCAAGGGAUCAAGACACUAGUUCCAUCCAAGGCUGCAGCGGAUGAUUUCGUGGAAUAUUGUGAUGCCUUUUUCCCGACGACUGUUCUUACAGAAGGAUGCAGCUCUUGGUCUAAUGGCGGUCGACCUGGAGCAAGGAUUCAUGGCCACUGGCCUGGCAGUGCCGCGCACCUAAACUUCAUCCGCCGUUCUCCUCGCUGGGAAGAUUUUGAAUACGAGCUACUUGAUUCAAAUAAGAGCAGAAACCGGUUCUCGUACUGGGGUAAUGGUAGAACCACGAAAGAAUCGGAACCCGAAUCCGAUCUAACGCCGUACUUGAGAACUCCCGACCAGGUGGACCUGAGGGAUUGGCAUGAGAGUUGGUGGAAUUUGUAG